AAUAUCGUAAGAACACUGACACACACACACCAUGUAAAUUAAUGUUGGACACAGAGCAGAUGAUUACGAAGGCUAUUAAUCAUUGUGAGUUUAAGCAGGAGAUUAAUAAAGAGAGGCUCAUUGAGCUUUAUGCUAAAUAUUCACAUGAUGCAUAUAAACAGAUGCCGGAACACACGAUUGUAGUGAGUGGUAAAGACAUCACAUUUUUGGUAGAUUCAGGGGCCACAGAAUCAGUCAUUAAAUGUGGAGAGUUUGAUAUUACUCCUAAAAUGAGUGCCAGAUAUCUCAGAACGAUUGGAGCAACUGGUACUACAGUGACAGAGAGAUAUACUGUACCAUUGUCUUGUCAUGAUGAGGUUGAAGGGAGCUUUAAACAUUCAUUCUUGUUGUCACCACGGUGUCCAGUAAAUCUUAUGGGUAGAGAUUUGAUGUGUUUGAUGGGCAUUAUGUUAAUCUCAACAUCACAAGGUAUAGUCGUAAGUAGAGUUCCACAAACAUCAGUGUUUGUGAAACAUGGUAAAGAGGAUUUAAUAUAUUCGUAUCAAUGGAAUAUUCCAGACUCUGAUCUCACUGCUGUAAACAGCACUCUUCUGCAACAGGCAAAAUCACUUAGUACAGAUGUGUUAACAGAUGUUAUGACAACACAAAGCUUACAUUGUACAGCACACAUCUCCGUUGGAUCAGAUCAUUUGUUUGAGCAAAACUGGUUUAAAGAAGGCCAGGUUGAAGACAAACUUAGGCUGAAUUGGCUAUACUGGAACAAUAACCACUGUGUUGUAUCAGUAGCUCUAACUGACUCACUUAAACAAGAUUUGCUUGAAGUGUCACAUUCUGAUCCUUAUGUUCCACUAAUCAAACCCAGACAGGAAGAAUGGAAGGACUUGGAAACUUGGACCAAAAGGUGUAAUGCAGCUACUGGAUGGGAGAAAACAUCUGAUCCUAAUAUUGAUUUUCACAGAGGUUUGAAGGUUAAUCGUAGGAGAUUUUCUGCAGUGAUAAAUGCAAUCAGGAGUGUUGAACUCAUUCCUGAUAUAGAUUUUGUCAAUGUUAAACAUACACCGCAAAUAGGAAAACCUCUUGAUAUGAGUGAUGAAGGAUUCAGUUUUGUGUUAAACAUAAGUGACAUUCCUGAAUUGAAUCAGGUACCGUCAUGUGUGUGGGCUGAGCACAAAUAUGAUGUGGGUCUAAUCAAAGGAGCAGACCCAAUAGUGAUAAUCCCUAAAUCAUCAUAUAGACCAUGUCAAAAUCAAUAUCCAUUGAAAAAGGAAGCAGUGGAAGGUAUUAAACCAGUCUUUGAAUCUCUUUUAAGGGCUGGGGUGAUAGUUCCAUGUGAAAAAUCUCCUGUUCGAACACCUAUUUUUCCUGUUAGGAAAAUGAAGGAAUCUGGACAACCACAAGGAUGGAGAUUUGUGCAGGACUUGCAAGCAGUUAAUGCUGCAGUACAGGCUCGUGCACCAAAUGUUCCGAAUCCUCAUACUAUUCUUUCACAGGUUCCAUCUGAGAGUAAAUGGUUUUCUGUGGUUGAUUUGUCAAACGCAUUUUUCAGUAUUCCCAUUCACCCCGACAGUCAGUUCUGGUUUGCAUUUUCUUUUGAAGGAAAAAUGUACACAUUUACACGCCUUUGUCAGGGGUAUUGUGAGUCACCCACAAUCUUUAAUGCAGCAUUAAGGGACAAUCUGGAAUCACUGGAUCUACCAGCAGGUAGUGCCCUUUUGCAGUAUGUGGAUGAUUUAAUGAUCUGUUCCCCCACAAAGGAGACAUGUGUACAGGACACAGUGGCGUUACUCAAACAUUUAGCUACAAAUGGUCAUAAAGUUAGUUUGUCUAAAAUGCAAUUUGUUUCGGAAAAAGUUACCUUUCUGGGUCAUAUAAUCACAUCAGAGGGUAAAACCCUCUCAUCCAAACGAAUUGAAGCUAUUCAAACUAUCCCAAAGCCAGAAACAAAGAAACAAGUCAUGAGUUUUUUAGGGAUGACUUCGUAUUGUCGGCAAUGGAUUCCACAUUAUGCUGAAAUAGAGGCACCACUAUCAGCAAUUGUGUAUGGAAAAGGCCUCACUGCAAAUAACAGAGUCACCUGGACAACUGAAGCUGAGAAAGCUUUUGUUGAUUUGAAGUUAGCUAUGCAAUCUCCUCCGACAUUAGGACUACCAGACUGUACCAGGCGCUUUACACAGACUGUGGAUGAAAGAGGCGGGUAUAUGACAUCUGUGCUGCUGCAGGACCAUGGGGGACGACUGAGACCGGUAGCUUAUUUUUCCUCACGACUUGACUCUGUGGCAGCAGGACUCCCAACUUGUCUUAGGGCUGUAGCAGCUGCUGAGAAAGCUGUGAUUGCAUCACGUGAUGUUGUGGGUUAUGCUGAUUUGACGCUACUGGUGCCACAUGCUGUUUCAAUGAUUUUGCUUGAACAAAAAACUUCUCACCUUUCAACAGCUAGAUGGCUCAGAUAUAAUACAGUGUUACUUGAAAUGCCAAACAUCACUAUUAAGAGGUGCACUGUUCUUAACCCCGCUACUCUCCUCCCUACACCAGGUGAUGGAGAGCCACAUGAUUGUGUUGCAGUAAUAACUGAAAUUUGUUCUCCCAGACCAGAUUUACAGGAUGUACCACUGGUGAAUGCAGACAUGGAGCUGUUUGUGGACGGCUCAGCAUCAAGGGAUCCAGCAACUAGUAGAAACCAAGUGGGUUUUGCAGUAACAACUUUGUAUGAUACAAUCAUAGCUGAACCACUCCCAUCACAGUAUUCUGCACAAGCUGCAGAAUUAGUUGCAUUGACUGAAGCAUGCAAAUAUGCAAGAGACAAGAGUGUCAACAUCUUCACUGAUAGUAGAUACGCAUGGGGUGUGGCACAUGAUUUUGGCAGACUUUGGGCUAAUAGAAAGUUUUUAACCUCUACAGGUAAACCCAUUACACACCAUACCCUGGUUGCUGCUCUUCUUGAUGCUGUGUUGCUACCUAAACUGAUUGCAAUCUGUAAAUGUGAAGCGCAUACUAGGGAACUUGACUCAGUUUCACGGGGAAAUGCAAGAGCAGAUAUUGCUGCAAAGGCUGCAGCGAAACGUAGCCUGCCAGUUAAUGAUGCUUUUGUUUUGGAUGUGCCCGUGACACCUAAUGCUGAUUUACAGGAGCUGCAAGCGAGGGCAACACCAGAGGAGAAGGUUGUUUGGAAGAAAGCAGGCUGUUCUGUUACUGACGGAAUUUGGUGUGGGCCAGAUGGAAAGCCUUGUUUACCUAAAUAUCUGUUUCCUUAUUAUGCUAAGUUGAUACACGGUAAAGACCAUGUGUCAAAGGGGGGAAUGCAAGCAGAUAUACAGAAGUAUUGGUUUACAAAAGGAUUUUCAAACUACUCAAAAAAAUUCUGUCAGAAAUGUGUAAUUUGUGCUACGAAUAAUAUUGGUAGAGGAAUCCAUACUGCACAAAGUGCACAUCCAGCACCAAACGAACCAUUUGAUCAUUUACAGAUGGAUUUUAUUGAACUAACACCAAGCGAGGGAAAGAAGUACUGUCUUGUUGUGGUUGACAUGUUUUCCAAAUGGGUAGAGGCUUUUCCCUCAUCGAAACAGGAUUCUUCAGCAGUGGCAAAGGCACUUCUGGGGGAAUUCAUUCCUCGGUGGGGAAUCCCAAGAAAGAUAUCCAGUGAUAAUGGUACUCCAUUUGUAAGCGCAGCUUUAAAGAGUGUUGGUGAGUAUUUGGGUAUCGAUAUGCGACAACAUUGUGCUUACCAUCCUGCUAGUGGAGGAGCAGUGGAAAGAGAAAACGGCACAUUGAAAAACAAACUGGUCAAAUGCUGUGAGGAAACAGGGCUGACAUGGACAAAGGCAUUACCUAUUGUUUUAAUGUACAUGAGAUCUAGAGUGAGAAGUAAGAAUGGUUUGAGUCCUUAUGAGAUUCUCUUUUCACGUCCAAUGGAGACAGGAAUUGGUCCUGUUAAAAGGCAGCUUCCUCAGACCAGUCAAUGUGAAGAUGAAAUGUUGCGAUAUUGUGUAAAUCUUUCCUCUGUUCUCCUUGAUAUCCACAGGCAGGUGAAAGACGCCCUACCAAAAUCCAUAGACGGUGAACUGCAUGAUUUGAAACCAGGAGACUGGAUUGUGGUGAAGGACCUGAGGAGGAAAAGCUGGAGAGCACGCCGGUGGAACGGGCCCUAUCAAGUUCUUCUCACCACGCAGACGGCAGUGAAGGUCGCAGAGAGGGCAACCUGGGUACAUGCAAGCCAUUGCAAGAGGGUACCUGAGCCAGGAGAGGAUUCUUCAGGACAGAACGUGCGUUGAUGUCAGCAGGUGGUGUUUCCAGCCUUCGAUUGUUUCAUGCCCGCAAGGAAAGGGGUGUGGAAACCAUUAGAGUUACAAGUCUCUAAAAUUCAGUGACACACUGAUUAAGAGGGUUGCAAGAGGAACACUGCUGAUACUCAAUGGCGCCGACGGACAAACAGUGGCAUCUGAUGGGGCGGGCGGUGCGCAGUUGGAAGGAAGGGAAGUGCUCCCUGUUCUUGCUGACUGUCAUCUUCGUCCUACCACUGCUGCUGUGGAAAACAAGCCAAAACAACUCGAGCAUAAAAGAAAUAACCAAAAGAGAACUUUCGUUUGACCCCUAUGAUGAACAGAUAAAACCUGAAAAUAAUGCAUGGUAUGAGACCAUGAAGGUAAUCGCUAGAAAAAUCACUAAUGAGAGCUGUUAUGUCUGUGCACAACUUCCUCAUGGUGUGGGUACUACUCUCCCACUUAAGACCAUCCCACUAAACACCUCAGAGACAUUAGGAGUACUGAUAGCUUUCACUCAGGGGCUUUCACUAAAGAACAGGACUGUGCGAGACAUGAAUAGUAAACUUAAACUACUGAAUAUCAGUGUAGUUAAUUAUGGGGGUUCCACAGCUCGAUUCUGGGACAUGUCUUUGGUGGCAGAUCAGGAAAUUCACCAACCUGUGAUGACAAUAAACCCCACCGGACAGUUAGGCACUGUUUGUUUUACUAGACAAUGUUUUAUGGCUGAGGAUCACUAUCUGGGAACUUCACCAUGUAAGCAAAAAGUUAUAGCUACUUGUGGUUUGAGAUGGGAUCGGGAACCAUCAGAAACAUGUAGAGGUAACGUGCCAUUUGUUGCUCAGUUAAAUUUAACUAAUACCAUCAGUUUAAACAGACCAGGUCAUGACAACCCGGUUGUUAGUAUGCCUUCUAGUGAUGGGUAUGGGUCUCUGAGGGAACAUGUGUGGGUGUGUGGGAAAUAUGUUUACCAGUCACUCCGACCGGGGUGGUGUGGGACUUGUUAUAUUGCCAGACUAGUACCUUCUGUUACCUUGUCACCUAACCUCACCCACUUCCAUACAGAUUAUCCUCACUAUUAUGUGCCAUCCAGACAUAAGCGUUCCACAGUAAGAGUGUCUCCAGGAGAAAAAGGAUUCGGAGGGUUCUUACCUUGGUGGGGAACUGUGAACAACGCACACAAGAUAGAUGAGAUUGCUAUGGAACUGGAGAAUCUAACAGCCCUAGUGGGGGAAGGUUUCUUAUCUCUGUCUCCCAGUAUUCAGGGUAUCAGGAAUGUGGCUUUGCAGAACAGAGUGGCUUUGGAUUUAAUGCUCGCAAGUCAAGGGGGUGUUUGCCACAUAAUUGGGACCGAUUGCUGCACAUACAUACCUGACAUUUCUGAUAAUAUGACGCAUAUAGUUUCCCAUUUGAAUGAUCUAUUGUUCGAGGAGAAAAGCAAAGACUCUCAAAUUCCUGAAGGAUGGAACUGGGGAUCAUGGUUUACUCUAACGGGUUGGAAAAAUGUAUUGUUGAAAUUUUUGACGCCUAUUCUGAUUUCAUUUUGUGUAUUAGUGUUGUUUGCAUGUUUUAUUGUUCCUUGUGUUAAGACUAUGGUAACUUCCCUCAUUAAGUCUACGAUUGGGCAAUAUGUUCAACUUCCUGAAACUAAUCAAUCCUGGACGCUUCCCUUUCAGGAUGAUGAGAUGAUUUAAAAUUGUAUAGAGGAUGUUGAGCCUUAAGGUCUCAAAGGGGGGAGAUUGUGGUGGGAAUUUUAACAUUUGGGCAUUGAUUGAUGGAAGGAACUACUUUGAUGUAUAGAAAUAUGAGCAAAUGGAUUCUCUUAGUUAUCAGGGUGUUUCUCAAAGUAACUGAUGUUAUAUGACUUCCUCACUUACAGGGUCACCUAACAAAGAGGUCACAGGAAAGGGGAUGUGAGGGGGUUGUAAAAUGUUGAUAAGAGAUGCUUGUAAACAGAUGUUCACUCAAGGAGCCUGAGACCGAGGAGAAGACAGGAUACUGAUCACCUAUUUGUAAAGAUCAAAGAGGUUAAUUGAUAAACAUGUGUUCCUCUCACAGGAGGAGCUUGUGAAGGUUUAAAACUGCUGUGUCUUCUGUAUGUCAUUGCUCAUUGUAUGAAAUCUUUGCCGUGAUUUGUACUGUGAUGCCCAUCUGCAGAUGUAGAAUUAAAACUCCAGGAAGAACA